AUGGCCAAGGUCCGUUGCUCGUUCCCCGAGUGCAAGGCUGCCGCCCGCCCGAUCGUCGGCGACUGCGCUUUCUGCAAGGGCAAGUUCUGCAGCACGCACCGGCUCUUGGAGGAUCACAACUGCCGGAACCUGGAAGACUGCAAGCGUGAGGCACACGAGCAGAAUGCUAUGCAGCUCAACAAGGAGCGCACCCAGGUCAUCAAGACCGCUUAA